AUGCAAACUAAAACGCCAAGCAAGAAAGGCUUCCGCCUCCGCUCCAUCGUCCUCCACUCCUUGUGGAUAACCAUCAUCGGUAUACUCCUGUUCCGCCUAGCCACGGCCAACACACAGAGAGUUCUCUACGUCAAAUUCUUUGCAAUAUCCGGUACUAUUCUCGCCACUGUUCCUUGGAUCUUUCAUCUUCUCGUUUCAACAACAAUCAUAUUAUUAUACAAAGCCAAUGUCUGUGAUCUAACAUGGAUUGUCAAGUUGCCCUCUGAAGAGACUUCAUGUUGCCAGGAGAUGAAGGCAGUGAAGGAAGCCAUCAGAGGAAGUGAUCGGAUUGGUAUUGGAAAUGCACACAAAGAUCUGGGAUUGUCCGAAAAAGUUGAUGGAAUUAGAAAUGGUCCUGAUCUUCUCGAGAGGAAUAGAACUGUUUAG